AUGGAAUCGGCGAAAUGGGCCGCCGACGCUCUCAACCAGUCGGCGACCAAGGCCAAUCCCGGGCGGCGCUCGCCGCACGAGAUGUUCACCGGCGAGCAGGGGCCUUUCCGCAUGCUGCCGUUCUUCCAGUCCGGCCUCAUGUGUGAGGAUCGCCGCACCAAGCUCGAGGGCCAGGCCACCCUCUGCUACUACCUGAACGGCGGCGACAACCACCCGAGCGGCACCGUCAAGGUCCUCAAGGCGUCCACCGGCCGCGUCGUCGACACCAACAACGUGUCGUGGGUGACGUCGGCGCCAGCCGGCGAGGGGNCUCAAGGCGUCCACCGGCCGCGUCGUCGACACCGACAACGUGUCGUGGGUGACGUCGGCGCCAGCCGGUGAGGGGGGUUCCGCUGGUAUCACCGCUGCGCCGACACCCCCCCCGUUCACGCCGCCGGUCGUCUCGAUCAACUUUGGCCCAGCACCGAGUCAGUGUGGUGUGUAACAGGGACCAUUGUUGUUGUUGUUUUCUUCACAUAAACUCGUGUCAGUUGCUACUCCCAAAAUCUAGCAAAGACUCGGCCCGUGGUCACAACAAUGCUAGAGCCAUAAUACGAAAAUCUAAAGAACACGCGCACUACUAGCAAGAAAAGGGUACACAAGCCCGACGAGGUACACCUACAAUCCCUGCAGUACCAUUGCGUGCUCACACCUGAACUACACGCCCACACACUGCAAUUCAACUCCAGCAGCAUCACCCCCCUUGUCCCGCACUUACCCAAAAUGAAUGUUUGUCGACUACAGCGUACUGCUGUGUCUGUACAAAAAUAACACCAUGGUGCAUGGUACACAAGCUCGGGGCAUGCACCUGCUGUCUGAAGUGAGUGCUGUCAGAAUGAAUCCGUGGACAUACGAUGAAGAAGAACAACCAACCAAGCCACCAUCAUCGCAAUUGACAAUCGCCCGAAUCUAUCCAGAUCAUCUGUGUUAGACACAGCAGUGCAAACAUCGACUGACUAGGAAUCGUUCCACAUUGAAGGGGUCUUCCGCGAUGCACAUACACAUCUAAGGCACCCAAGUUAUCGGCGUCAUCUCUGCCGCGCUCUCUACAAAACCAGUGACGUCAUCGUACACACCCAACAACACCUAUUUUCAGGGAAAAAAACGAAAAAUAAUUGACAAUACAACCAAGGGAUGUUUGUCCGUGCGCCACGGUUCGAUGCCGUCCGCAUGCUCCGGUUCCGGUGAUCCCGUGCCGCUGCUCCGGUGCCGCUUCUCCGGUGCCGCUGAGACCAGUCCUAGCACGACCAAACUCGACCCGCUUCGCUUCGUGCAUGCUCUCGUUGCUGUCCUUCCCAGUCGGCUCCUCGCUUUCUCCCUCAUUGCACUCUAGGGUUCUUGGUCUGAAAAUUCUCCCGCCGAAGGGUCAACCAGCCCGAUCAGCUCGUCACCACCUGUCCCCUCCUCCUUUGAUGGCAAAACCAGGUUACUGAAACAGUACAACUCCCUCUAGCAAACUUAGGGUCGUGUACAUUGUGCCCGCCCACCUUUCUGAUGGCGUCUGCCUCCGCGCACAAAGUUGAGAUGGGCAUUGCUGCCUACACC